AUGUUUCUAGUUCGCCAAGGAAAAAAUCUCAUUCCAAUGGAUCCUAACGGGUCAUCAGACCCCUAUGUGAAGUUGAAACUUAUACCAGAUACAGACAACAUAAAGAAGAAAACCAAGACAAUCAAAUCGUCGUUAAAUCCCGUAUGGAAUGAGACAAUUACGUUUGAGCUGAAACCCGAAGAUAAAGAUCGCAGACUAUUGAUUGAGGUAUGGGAUUGGGACAGGACGUCCAGAAACGAUUUCAUGGGAUCUCUGUCGUUUGGAAUAUCGGAAUUGAUCAAAAUGCCGGUAGAAGGUUGGUUCAAGCUAUUGACUCAAGAAGAAGGGGAAUUCUAUAAUGUACCCGUGCCUGAAGAAGGUGCCGACUUGGCUGCACUAAAAUAUCAAAUGCGGAAGACAUCGUUAACCAACAGAAAACCAAUGGUGCCCGACAAAGAUGUACCUCAUAAUAUGGGGAAAAAAGAUGUGAUCAGGGCAUCAGAUUUUAACUUCUUACAAGUACUCGGAAAAGGCAGUUUUGGAAAAGUAAUGUUAGCUGAACGUAAGGGAACCGAUGAAUUGUAUGCGAUAAAAAUUUUGAAAAAAGAUAUAAUUAUUCAAGACGACGAUGUUGAAUGCACCAUGGUGGAAAAACGUGUAUUAGCGUUGUCUAGUAAACCACCAUUUCUCGUACAACUACAUUCUUGUUUUCAAACUAUGGAUCGUCUGUACUUCGUGAUGGAGUAUAUAAAUGGCGGAGAUUUAAUGUUUCAAAUCCAACAAUGUGGAAAAUUUAAAGAGCCUGUCGCCGUAUUUUAUUCCGCAGAAAUAGCGAUCGGACUUUUUUAUUUGCAUCUCAAUGGCAUCAUAUACAGAGACUUAAAAUUGGACAACGUACUAUUGGAUCAGGACGGUCACAUAAAAAUCGCUGAUUUCGGCAUGUGCAAAGAAGGCAUUAUGGGCGAUAAGACUACAAAGACAUUUUGCGGAACACCGGAUUAUAUUGCCCCAGAGAUAAUUUUAUACCAACCGUAUGGCAAGUCUGUUGAUUGGUGGGCUUACGGUGUUCUCCUGUAUGAAAUGUUGGUUGGACAGCCACCUUUUGACGGAGAAGACGAAGAAGAACUUUUUGCGGCCAUCACUGAUCACAGUGUCAGUUACCCCAAAGGAAUGUCUAAGGAAGCCAAAGAAAUAUGCAAAGGGUUUUUGACUAAAAAUCCGAUGAAAAGAUUGGGAGGAGGUCCCAGGGGCGAGGAAGACAUUCGUGGACAUGUAUUUUUCAGGCGUAUCGAUUGGGCAAGAAUUGAAAACCGCGAAGUGCAACCGCCGUUUAAACCAAAAAUCAAACACCGCAAGGACGUGAGCAAUUUCGAUAAGCAGUUCACUGGUGAAAAAACAGAUCUUACCCCCACCGAUAAACUGUUCAUGAUGAAUCUAGACCAAACAGAGUUCAUGGGUUUCUCAUUUCUCAACCCAGAAUUCAUUCAGCAUGUAUAA